UUCCAGUUCUCCAUCUGUGGUUCGAUCUGGCCGUCAUUUAUUAUCGGGCGCACCGGCCGCUCUUUUUCAACUACUUGAAACAUAAUUACCAUCCAUCCUCAACUGCUCAUCUUUCCCAUUAUUGAAUCCCGGUUUCCCUUUUACUAUCCCAUACCUACAGUCUGACAUUGUGUAAAACAACGUUCAACAGAAAGACCUAUCAUACAUAGGUUUAGCAGUCUUUGGCUCUAGCUAGUCCUUUUUCGUCGACCAUUUGCUGCACGGCGUCUGCGGCCUAAGACGGAAAUCUGCAUAGAACCAUAUCGACGAGAGCCAAUACAAUUACGCCCACACCAGCCCUACUGUAUAUCUAGGUACCGUGGACAAGGCCCCGGUGCUUUUGCGAAUUUUCUUUUCGUCUAGAACGAUGGUUUCCACAGAUUCCCGCAGCGACUCCCCGACAAACUAUGACAUAGUCAUUGUUGGUGCCGGCCCGGUUGGGCUGAUGCUCUCAACAUGCCUUGCUCGCUGGGGCUACAAGAUCAAGCAUAUCGACAACCGCAGUGAGCCGACCGUCACAGGCCGUGCAGAUGGUAUCCAGCCACGCUCCCUGGACUUGCUCCGAAACAUGGGGCUCAAGUCUGGCAUCAUGAAGCACAAGCCCGCCCGCGUCUUCGAGGUGGCGUUUUGGGACCCUUCAACUGCAGACGCAUCCAAGGGCAUCACCAGGACCGGCACAUGGGCAAGCUGCCCCAGUUUCAUUGAUGCCAGGUACCCAUUCACCACUCUUUUGCACCAGGGCUUCAUCGAGCGAGUUUUCCUUUCAGACCUCGAGGAGAAUGGAGUGCACGUACAAAGGCCGUGGACCAUUACUGGCUUCACCUCAGACGAGAAGAAAAACCCAAAUUACCCUGUCGAGGUGCAGCUGAAGCACCUUGACGGGACCGCCAGCGAGACGAUCCGGGCCAAAUAUCUGUUUGGUGGCGAGGGAGCUCGUUCAUUUAUCCGAGAACAACUUGGCAUCGGCAUCAAGCACAAGGACCCAAUCUCACACGUCUGGGGUGUCAUGGACGGCGUAGUCCAGACAGACUUUCCCGACAUCAAGAUGAAAUGCACAAUACACUCGCGCCACGGUUCAAUCAUGGUGAUCCCGCGUGAGAACAAUUUGGUGCGGUUAUAUAUCCAGAUAGCCUCUUCGACUGAUCCGGACUUCAACCCGCGUAAGACUGCCACCGAGCAGGAAGUGCAGGCCUCAGCCAAGAAAAUCCUCCAGCCGUACUCGAUAGAAUGGGAGCGAGUGGAAUGGUACUCUGUCUACCCCAUCGGCCAGGGUAUAGCUGACCGCUACACCCUUGAUCACCGCGUAUUCUUGGGAGGAGACUCGUGUCACACUCACAGUCCCAAGGCCGGUCAGGGCAUGAACACUGCCUUCCUGGAUGGCCAAAAUCUCGCAUGGAAGAUCCACGCGGUUGAAAGCGGAUUUGCCAAGAGGAGUUUGCUUGAGACCUAUGAGUCGGAGAGGAAAGCCGUUGCCGAGACUCUGCUUGAUUUUGACAACAAGUAUGCUAAGCUCUUUUCAACCCGCCCGCCUGAUGCCAGCGAAGUCAAGGCAGCCUCGGAGGACCAUGGAAACCAGGGAGGUCACGACAACGACUUUGUACGAACGUUCAAAGAGUCUUGCGAGUUUACCAGCGGCUACGGCGUGGCCUACCAGCCAAACCAGCUGAACUGGUCUCCCAGUCACCCCGCUCAGUCCAGCACCAUCAACCCCGAGGGCAAUAAGCUGCGGCCUGGACGCCUCUUUAUCAACGCAGACGUGACGAGAGUCGCCGAUGCCAACGUGGUUCAUCUGGAGCAGGAGGUUCCACUCAACGGCUCAUUCCGCAUCUUUGUCUUCGCCGGCAAGCCUUCGGUGACCAAGCAAGCCCUCAGCGACUUUGCGCGCAACCUCCGUCUGAAGGGAUCAUUUUUCAGCUCAUACCUCCGCUCCGACAUCGACAAGGUGUCGUACCACGAGAGGCAUAACCCACACAGCAAGUUCUUUACCUUUUGCACCACGUUUGCCGCUCCGAGGAGCUCCAUCGAGAUCUCGCGCGACGUGCCCGACAUCCUGGCGCGCUACAGCGACCACAUUUACGCCGACGACAGGAUCCACCGCGAAGGCAGGGGAGCAGGUCCUGCCAUGUCUGCGCACAAGAAGAUGGGCCUGGACGAGGAGCGUGGAGGCGUGGUUGUGGUGCGGCCUGAUGGCUACGUGGGAGUGGCGACCAAGCUCGUCGAGGGCAGCGGCACCGUUGAUGCCCUCAAUCAGUACUUUGCUGCAUUCUGCACACAAAGAACUGGCGCUGCUACGGCACAGCUGUAACCCUUUCUUUUUUCUUCUAGUUUUCUCAUGAUGUGUGUUUUGAAAGGUAGGAGUAAAGUACAGACAUGUUUUUUUCUUUCUUCUUUUUUUUUCUUUCUUCUUUUUUUUUCUUUCUACGUGCAUAGGGGUCGGGUUGGUGGGAUACUGCAUCAUCCUAAUGAGCAUAUCGCAAGCAGGCAUUAUUGUUUCGUAAAUAGAAGCGGUCACGAUACCAAUUUUCAUGAAAGGAGUACUAGGUGUUCAUGUGAAAUUAUUGA